AUGAAAUAAUUGUCUUAACCUUCUUAAUUGUUUAAAGCAAAACAAAAAAGUGAACCCUCACUCUUGCCUAAUAUAGAUAUUCUAAAAGAAAAUGUUAAAUCAAGUUUUGCCCUUGGACAUCUCAGAGGUUUACUAACUUAUAAGCAACGAGAAUUACCCAAAACUGAUAUUCAAGUAAGACGGGAUCAAACAUUUGGGAAAGCGAACAAAAAGUCAAAGAAUAAAAGGCUAACCUUUUUAAAAUUCGGAUUUAGAACACAUGAAAAAAAGAAUAAUUACUAUCUCCAACCUCUGAUUAAGAAGGUGAAGGAUGCAUUCGGAGAAGUUGCUAAUGACGGUUCAAUGGGAGUUGUAGAUUUAUGGAGCGAUAGAAAUGUAAAUAGAUUAAUGGAUGCAAUUUAAAUGACUAGAGAUAAUUUAAUAGUGAGAAAAUUGGGUAAAGAACUCAAUGAGGCUGAACAUUUUCUACUGAUAAGGAUGGAAGAGAAGAAAAUGAGAGACAGGAUCUUCAUGGAAUCAUUAAAAUUGCAAUUCCAAGAGACUGACACAUUCUCACUCAAGUUUUAGUUAUCUGAUAAAGACAAGAAGAUUGUACAGAGAGUUGCCUAGCCUACAAUAUCAAGUAAUCUUAGAUACAAUAAUCCGAAUGAGAACAUUUAGACGAUAGUGGAAAGUAUUGAUCAAUUGCAUCAGGAGAAUUUGGAAAUUUAUACUGAUCUGUACAAAUAGAUAAAAUCGAUUCAGAAGCACAUAAAGUGA